UUUUUAAUUUCGGAAUUUCACACUCGAUCAAACUAGCAAUUUGGGGAGACAAUACAAUAAACCCCAUCGAAAACAAUAAAUAAUUACUAAAAAGAAAAAGAAAAAGAAAAACCCCACGCUGCUCGUCGACUCCAACUCUCCUAAACCAGUAUUUAGAUUGUAGAGCUGAUGAAGAGCUCUAGUUGGUAAUUAUUGAUUGAUUAAUAGCAAAUAUUUGGUGAGGAUUGGUAGUGUUUUACAUCUUUACUAGAGUAUUUACUGGGAUCUUGGUAUCUUGGAUGUUGAGCAGAGUUGAAUUAAAAUGGUGGCUAGCCAUCAUUUUACUCGAAUCGACACACUAGAGCUGAAAGAGCUUAUUUAUGAAAAGAUCGGGCACCAAAGAGGUGAAACCUACUUCAAUCACCUGAAGAGAUUUCUGAGUUCGAAGCUGAGCAAGGAUGACUUUGAUAAGAGCUGCAUAGAGACGAUUGGGAGGGAGAAUCUCUCUAUCCAUAAUCGCCUCAUCCGAUCCAUCAUCCAGAAUGCUUGUCGGGCUAAAACUCCGCCUCAAAAAGCUCGAAAAGUUGAGGCACUUGGUGUUAAAGUUGCCCAUGGCCACCCGAGGAAUCACCUUCAAUCUCUUUACGGAGACGCAUUCCCUCACUCUCCUCGCAAAUGUAGGUCUCCUAUCAGUAGGGAUCGCAAGUUUCGUGAUCGCCCUAGCCCUCUUGGCCCGUUGGGCAAGAGUCCUAGUCUCACGUGCGAAGAAACAGUUUCAAGAAUACAAGAGCAGCAAAGUGCAGCAGAGUUGCAAACUGUCUCCGGCAGGCCUCCAACAGGCGCUGCAUCAGUUGAAGACGGGGAAGAGGUUGAACAGUGUGCUGUGAUCCCCGUUUCUCAGAGAUGGAGUUCUAUCACUGCUCCUCUUGGUGUUUCUGUCGAUUUGGGUGGUGCUCGUAAAGCACCUCAUCAUUCUGGCCUGUCUUGUCAAACCAGUGGUGAAUUGCCCGAUACAAGAUCCCUAGGGCGUCGUUUGCAGAAGAAGCUGGCAUCGGAGGGAGUUGGAAUUUCACUAGACGGCGCUAACCUGUUGAAUAAUGGUUUAGAUGUGUAUCUGAAGAAAAUGAUUUCAAAAUGUAUAGGUGUUGCUGGAUCACGGUGUGUGGAUCCUCUUGCUAUGGUAAGACAGUCAAAUGGUGAAAGGACAAUGCAACCGAGCAAUGCAAGUAUGCUGGAUUUUAGGGUAGCCAUGGAGUCGAAUCCAUCCAUACUCGGUGAAGAUUGGUCCACACAGCUUGAGAAGGUAUGCAAUUAUGCUUUACGAUAAGCUCCGGAACUCAUUGGACAAGCUAUUCUAUUUGACACAAAUUUGACGAUAACUCGAGGGGGAAACAAGUUGUGGAUUUGUGAAUGGGUGUUGGCAGCUUUAGUUGUAGGAAGGGGAGAGUGUGUAUACAGGCGAUUUUACACAUCUGAUAUAGUCUCUAGAGUUGGAGGUCAUCAUUUUUUUCUUACAUGGAGGUGUUGUGUUGUUUACAAUAAUCUGUUUAGUAUAAAGAAGCCAUUCUAUCAUGUUUUCAACGUUGUUUCCUAAAAUGGAAAUGUUGAAAGUUGCUAGCAGAGAUGUAUCGACUUUGUUCCUCUCAUUUAUUGUAUAUAUAAAUGUCUAUUUCUCUCUCA